AUGCCUCCCGACGAGGCUGCCGCCGGUACCGAAAGUCGUGGGCCUUCGAAUUAUCUCUCCCUGAGAUCUCGUCGCUCCAAUCGCUACCUGGCCGAUGCUCAUAAGCAGUCGGCCCAGCAAGACGAACCUUCGCUGCCACAGCACCACUUCCCACCCCAACAGCUAUUGCACCUGCCGCUGCAAACUCUCGCUCCUAAAUCUUCCAAGCGAAGUCUUCGACAUAUUUUUAGCCGCUCCAAACUCACCAAGGACAAGGUUGACUUGCCUGCCACGGCUCCCCCAGUACCCCAGUCUGAUUCUCCCCCAACACAAUCCGCAACUACAGACAAGCACAGCGCCAACGUUUACAUUCCUCUUCCCUCUGAACCUCGAGAGAGCCUGUCCGCUUCUGCCAAGAGGGCCUCGUCCGUGCCGAGAGCUCGAUCUCUUCGCCGCCAAAGCCACGCCGCUCUCCCCCCUGCAUUGCCUAGCCGCAAGGCUUCCUUCCAGGACAAUGGAUCCCACGAGUCCCUUGCUGCCUGGGAAAUGCCACCUCUUUUCAAGGCAUUUCCCCAAACCAUUCGCCAGGCUACCUUACCUGCCGUAACAAUGUCGACAGAAAUGGUUCUGCGUUUACACGAAAAGAAUAUUACUGCCGCCAUCGCAGCUGAGCAGCUUACUAUGGAAGAACGCAACUCGAAAGAAAUGGCCAAGAAGAAGCACGGCAAGAACCCGUCUUUGUCUAACUUACAGUGGACUACGAAAAUCUACCUCUUGACUACUUCAGGACAUUUGCUGCAAUACUCCGGCGCAGGAAACUAUGAUCGCCUGCCAGAGAAGGUUCUCAAGCUGAGUCAUACCUCUGCUGCCUUUGUUACAGAUUCUAUUCCCGGAAAGCACUGGGUCCUUCAAGCCUCAUCCAACACGGAUCAAGACGCUAGCACCCCGACCACUGAAUCAAAGUCAAUCCUCUCCAAGCUUUCAAUUCUUGGAGGAGAAAAGCGCGAAACUGCAAACAUCUUGAUGGUAUUCGAGAACCCGAGUGAUUUGGAUAGCUGGAUGUUUACUCUCCGUGGUGAAAUUGAAAAGCUUGGUGGUAAGCGCAAGUUGUCGGAAACUGGUGUGCCUGAACGUCCUGUAGCACCAAGACAGACAACCAGAACCAUGGUCGUGCGAGACUCGAUGCGCUUUUCUAGAAGCCCCAGCCGUCCGAACACUGACGGUGACGACGACUUGACACUUAGGUUGAGCGAUUUGCAGCAUAGCAGAGACCAUAGUUUGGACGAAAUCUCCACAACCAAUAGCGUCGUAUCACAGGAUGGCAGGCAACUCGAUAGCUUGCGAGAUAGCAACGGAAAUCGUCUUUCCUUUGCUUCUGCCGAUAGGAGAACUGCCGUCACGUCGGCUGCCUCUUCUCCAGAACGCUCUCCCGUUACUGAGGUCUUUCCCCGUGACUCGAGCGAAACUUGUGAUUCCCACGAGUACACUUUCCGCUCAAAGAAGGCAGACCCCAGGCCACGGCCCAACGCUUCUGUCAUUGCCAGUCGUCGCUCCAUCAUUCAUAAUGCUGGUCUGUUCAUUGAAGCUAAAUCCGACAGUCGCAAAUCCCAGUUCGAGGAAGACUACCUCGCGCCCAAGCGCAGCGAAGCGCCCGAGCUUUGGACGGGCUCCAUUCCCCCCAACUUUAGCCUACCGCAGUCAUCGACCCGACGAUAUUCUCACAUGCGCCUCAACUCCUCCAACUCACAGUCGCCCCCUUCCCCAAACACCGCCACCUUUGCAUCGCGCCUGAUGCGUUCGAAACCGCCCCCCGUACUGCGAUCGUCGCGGCCCCUGUCCAUGGUUGCUGACCACCACUCCCCAAGAACUGAGCUGCCUGCCAGGCCACCCACUGCCGACGGCGCCAGCCAUCAGCGAUUGUCUCCCGUCAAGGAGCAGGUCAGAGAGCAGCGCCAUCGCUACUCGCGGCGACACAGCCCGCGUAGCUCGGCGGAUGGCAAAUCUGACAUUGGCUCUUCUCGCUCUAGCUUGUCUAGCAGCGAUCGUAUCACGUCUCCCACAGCCAACUAUCGAAUCAGUCCACGACGAAGUCGACCUCCAGUUGCGGGGAUGCGCAGAAAUAGCCGAGAUUAUGAUAUGCGCGCCAUGCGCACCUUCAAUCAUCUCUCCUCUAUGCCUCACGAACGGGUCAAUGCGCCAAUUUUCGCGUGGACAAGAGACUCAACACGCCGCCAAUCUACUGCAGAUUCUUUUCCUUCUGUUACGGCUGCACCACAGAUUGAAACGGUGAGACGAGCGAGCACCAACACAGGUUACACGUCGCCUGGGCACCGCCGCCAUUCGUCGGAUGAAAAGCGACUAGCCUCAAUGUUGCCGCCUAUGCCGCCGCCUCCUUCGGGUCCGCUGCCCGCGCUGCCAAAACCCGCGCCUGCCUCCCAGGCGGACAAGGACCGUACUCUACUCAACCGCCGGAGCAUGCCACAGAUGAUGCCUCCUCCAGUUCCGCCGCCGCUGCGAGAGCUGCCUCCUCUACCCCCAAUUGCAUCCUUGCGGGUGUAA